UAAUUGUCAUUUUUGGGUGAACUACUCCUUUAAGCAAUGCUUGGGUUUUCCACAUGAUGCUGCUGUGCUGAGGUAGAGGGUGUGUUGUGCUCCUGCAGCUCUGGACGCUCUCACAUGCCUCCUCUGCUGUCGUCUCUCUCCACGCUGGUGCUGUACCUCCGGCGGCAGCAGCACGCCUCGUUCCUGUCGCUGUCCCGCGCUCCUCCAUCCGCUGAGGCCUGGCGUCUGCUCUGCCACUCCAGCCUGGCUCUGCUGAUCCUCUACAACCGGCACCGCGAGUGUGAGGUGGCCAAGCUCACGGUGCAGGACUACCGCAGCCGCUCCUCCUGCGACGCCGCUCUGUCGCCGUUCGAGCGCGCCGUCCUCGGCCAGCUCCCGCGUGUUAGCGUGUUGGGCAAACGCGGACGCCUCCAGCCGCUCAUCCUUCCUCCGCACUCAGAGGCGUGUCUGGAUCUGCUCCUGAAGACGUCUGCAGACGUGGGUGUGGAUCCCCAGAGCCCCUAUGUGUUCUCCCGGCCGUAUCACUCCCCGGCCACGCCGCUGCGCGGGACAGACCUGCUGCGGAGCCUGGCACGCUCUAGCGGUGCUAAGAACCCCGCGGCGCUCACCGCUCCCCGCGCACGCCGACAGGUGGCCAUCCUGACCCAGCUGCUGCUGCUGGAGGAGGGAGAGCGGGCCGCCAAACGCCUGGAGGACUUCCUGCAGAGCGAGUAUCACGUGUCUCAGAGCUGCGCUCGGAUUGGUCAGGACCCGGCGCUGAUGAACCGCGUGGGGAGAGUCGUUCUGUACGGAGAGAGAGAGGGAGUGCUGUUCAGAGGAAUGAGCCUGCAGCACAUCUGCCUCGAGCUGGACGUGAUGUCGGGGAACUCUGCCGACUCGUUCUCUGAUGACUCUGAUGGAGAGGCCAGUAAGAGUCAAGACAGAGCCGGCGCUGGCAAGAAGAAAGGGUUGAGUACUCGAGCGCCGCGGCCGAAGAAGAGCAGCCGCCCUCAUCAGUCCACCAGCUCGCCGUCCGCGGCACACAAGAGACGCAGCGCUCAGGUCAAAUCAGGGAAGCGCGGCGUGCUGAAGCGGCCGUGGUCGGAGGCGGAGCGGGUCGCCGUGGAGACGCACCUGAAGAGGAACAUCAUGGAGCUGCGUGUUCCUGCGAAAGCGGACUGUGAGCGGUGCCUGCAGCUCUGCCCUCUGCUGGUCAGCAACCAGCGCGACUGGAGGGCCAUCAAGUUCUACUGCCACAACCGCAUCCAGCUCCUGAAGAAACAGGGACGCAGAGACGGGAACACGGCCCCCGCGGUCUGCUAACCGCAGUAACACAUACACACAGAUGACAGAACAGUGUUGUGUUUUGUUUAAUAACUGUUCUUCAAAGCUAGCACACAGUGCAAUCGCACACACACUUCACACAUUCCCCCGUGUGUGUGUCUCUCGGAUCAUCUCUCUCAAACUAAGGAUCUGUUUCACACGCCGGUGUUCAGACUCAGAGAAUGAAGCAGGUUUGGAGACGCUACAGCGUGACUCUCUAUGGACUGUUUUAUGCGACUGGCGUCAGUCAUGUGAAGUUUGGCUGUGAUGGAUCCGGGCUGGUUUUUCUGGAG